GCAUCGCAGUUAAUAACAGGAAGAUAGCACCGCCGCCAUCUUUGAGAACCUUCACGGGCUGUUAGGAGUGGGAAGUUAGCCGGCGAGCUACAUUUUUAAAACGCACGAACUUCCUCCCAGUACGUCUACAUUCAUAGAGAUAAUUUGUUGCUAAUUACUUAACGUUUUCCGAAAAUGAGUGAUAUUGAGGAUGGCAACUUUGGAGGACGCGAGUCCCGCUCACCGUCCAAAUCGGACGGCGGUAGCCCCGCCCACGCCAAGUCAGAGAGCCGCUCGGCGUCGCCCAGUCCGUCCCGGGCCUCCAAGCACACGGAGUCCCGCUCCAGAUCCCGGUCCAAGUCCCGGUCCCACUCACGCCGGCGUUCCCAUCGGCGCUACAGUCGUUCGCGCUCCCAUUCCCACCGGAAGAAGUCCCGCUCGCGCUCCUACAGCCCCGACUACCGCCGCAGGAAGAGCCAGAGCACCUCGCCCAUGUCCAACCGCCGCCGCCACACCAGCAGCAGGAACAGAUUCAGCCAUGAUUCGAAAAAAGAAACAUACAGUCAUGGUGAUGCCAGGGCGAAUCCGGACCCCAACACCUGCCUGGGCGUGUUUGGGCUGAGCCUGUACACCACGGAGCGGGACCUGCGCGAGGUGUUCUCCCGCCACGGGCCGCUGGCCGGCGUGAACGUGGUGUACGACCAGCGCACCGGCCGCUCCCGCGGCUUCGCCUUCGUCUACUUCGAGAGGAUCGACGACGCCAAGGAGGCAAUGGAGCGGGCCAAUGGGAUGGAGCUGGACGGGAGGCGUAUCCGGGUGGAUUACUCCAUCACGAAACGGCCACACACCCCCACACCCGGCAUCUACAUGCCCACAGUGAGUUCCCAUACUGUGAGUAACGGCGGUGGGGGGGGCAGCGGUGGCAGCAGCAGUGGGGGGAGGAGGCGGGACUCGUACUACGACCGAGGCUAUGAUCGGUAUGACCGCUACGACGAGUACGACUACAGGUACAGCCGGAGGCGUUCGCCGUCCCCCUACUACAGUCGCUACAGAUCCCGCUCGCGAUCGCGGUCCUACAGCCCCCGACGAUACUAAGGGACCCUCACCAAUGCACAGUCCCGAAAGUCAUCAUGUUUUUCUCCUUUUGGAUCUUCAAAGAAAAUGUUUUUUAAAAAAAUUCACAAACUUAAUUUUUAUUUUAUUUUUGCCAUUGUUUAUCUGGCCAGAGAUGUAUUAGCUUGCCGACGGACGGCAUUGUUGUUUUCCAAACCACAGGUGAAAGAUUCCAGGUGGAGAAUGUGUGUUUACCAUUUUAAUUUCCUUCUGUGUAGAGGUCUUAAUUUGUGGACUCCUCUGUAAAGCCGCGUGGAGCUGGUAGAAGCCUACCGAAAAGGAGACAGGCUUUUUUUUGUUUUUAGUGUUUGGUGAUGUGCAGAUGGGGGGGGGGUGGUUUUAACCUGGUUGAAUCAUCCACUUCAUUUCCUCAAGGCAGAGGAUGUCCCGGAAAUCGUGCAGAUUCCCACUUUGGUUGCUCUCGGACUAUAUAUAAAUAUAUAUACAUGUCGUCGUUUGGAUACCUCUGAAAUUCUUUUUAUUUUCAUAGGAUGUUGUUUCUUUUUAAGUAAAAUAAAAACAAAUGCAACGAAA